AUGUUCAUUAAUCGUUGAUUAUUCUCAACCAAUCACAAAGAUAUCGGAACCCUCUAUCUACUAUUCGGAGCCUGAGCGGGAAUAGUGGGUACUGCACUAAGUAUUUUAAUUCGAGCAGAAUUAGGUCAACCAGGUGCACUUUUAGGAGAUGACCAAAUUUACAAUGUUAUCGUAACUGCCCAUGCUUUUGUUAUAAUUUUCUUCAUAGUAAUACCAAUAAUAAUUGGAGGCUUUGGAAACUGACUUGUCCCACUAAUAAUCGGAGCCCCAGAUAUAGCAUUCCCACGAAUAAAUAAUAUAAGUUUUUGACUCCUACCACCAUCAUUUCUCCUUCUCCUAGCAUCAUCAAUAGUAGAAGCAGGAGCAGGAACAGGAUGAACAGUCUACCCACCUCUAGCCGGAAAUCUAGCCCAUGCAGGAGCAUCAGUAGACCUAACAAUUUUCUCCCUUCAUUUAGCUGGAGUGUCAUCUAUUUUAGGUGCAAUUAAUUUUAUUACCACUAUUAUCAACAUGAAACCCCCAGCCAUAACACAGUAUCAAACUCCACUAUUUGUCUGAUCCGUACUUAUUACAGCCGUACUGCUCCUAUUAUCACUACCAGUGCUAGCCGCAGGCAUUACUAUACUACUAACAGACCGCAACCUAAACACAACUUUCUUUGAUCCCGCUGGAGGAGGGGACCCAAUUCUCUACCAGCAUCUGUUCUGAUUCUUUGGGCACCCAGAAGUUUAUAUUCUUAUCCUCCCAGGAUUUGGAAUUAUUUCACAUGUAGUUACUUACUACUCCGGAAAAAAAGAACCUUUCGGCUAUAUAGGAAUAGUAUGAGCAAUAAUGUCUAUUGGCUUUCUAGGCUUUAUUGUAUGAGCCCACCACAUAUUCACAGUAGGAUUAGAUGUAGACACACGAGCUUACUUUACAUCAGCCACUAUAAUUAUCGCAAUUCCUACCGGUGUCAAAGUAUUUAGCUGACUUGCAACCCUACACGGAGGUAAUAUUAAAUGAUCUCCAGCUAUACUAUGAGCCUUAGGCUUUAUUUUCUUAUUUACAGUUGGUGGUCUAACCGGAAUUGUUUUAUCCAACUCAUCCCUUGACAUCGUGCUUCACGAUACAUACUAUGUAGUAGCCCAUUUCCACUAUGUUCUAUCAAUGGGAGCAGUGUUUGCUAUCAUAGCAGGAUUUGUUCACUGAUUCCCAUUAUUUUCAGGCUUCACCCUAGAUGACACAUGAGCAAAAGCCCACUUCGCCAUCAUAUUCGUAGGAGUAAACAUAACAUUCUUCCCUCAACAUUUCCUGGGCCUUUCAGGAAUACCACGACGCUACUCAGACUACCCAGAUGCUUACACCACAUGAAACACUGUCUCUUCUAUAGGAUCAUUUAUUUCACUAACAGCUGUUCUCAUCAUGAUCUUUAUAAUUUGAGAGGCCUUUGCUUCAAAACGAGAAGUAAUAUCAGUAUCGUAUGCUUCAACAAAUUUAGAAUGACUUCAUGGCUGCCCUCCACCAUAUCACACAUUCGAGGAACCAACCUAUGUAAAAGUAAAAUAA